AUGUUUAACAGACUAUUAAAGAGUUCUUGUACUGGUAAUACAGCAAAGAUAUUACUUGCAAGACAAUCACAACAACAACUAAAGUUUAGAUCAUACUCUACUAAAGGUGGUGAUAAAAAUAACAACAAUGAAGAUAUUGUAGAGGCAACUGACAACAACAGCAACGACAAUAGUGACAAUGUCUUUGAUAGUAAUAUCGAUGAAAACCAACAAAAGAUCAAUCAAAUAUUAAAGGAUCUCGAUCAACGUGAAAGUAAAAUAGAAUUGGAUGCUGCUGCUGCUGCUGCUGCUACCUCUGAAGAGAUACCACCUGAUCAAACUAUCAUAGAUGAACCAAUUACAACCACAACGACCACAACGACUACAACUACAACAACAAAUGGUAAAAAGAAUUCUAGAUUAAACUCUGAUGAAGGAAAUGUAUCGUCAUCAUCAUCAUCAUCAAACAAUCAAACACAAACACAAAGUAAAUCAUUUGAAAACAUUGUAUUCAAGAUGAAGUCACCAGAGGUAAGACCAAGAUACUCGAUUACUGAUGAAUUGAUGGGUGAUGACAAGUUGACACCCAAGGAGAUUGUCAGCGAGUUGGACAAGUAUAUCAUUGGACAAGCCGAGGCAAAGCGAGCCGUAUCGAUUGCAUUGCGUAAUAGAUGGCGUAGAAAACGUCUUGAUGCAUCGAUCAAGCAAGACGUCUUUCCAAAGAAUAUUUUGAUGAUUGGUCCAACCGGUGUUGGCAAGACAGAGAUUGCUAGAAGACUGGCCAACAUUGUCAAUGCCCCAUUCAUCAAGGUCGAGGCUACAAAAUACACAGAGGUUGGUUUCCAUGGCCCAGAUGUCGACUCUAUCAUUAGAGAUCUCAUCGAAGUGUCAAUACACAACAUCAAACAAAAGAUUGCAAACCUUCACAAGGAAACUAUCGACAUGGAAAUUGAAAAGGAAAUUAUCUCUUCUCUUGUUGGUCCUGAUUUUUUAAAUAGAUCCUAUGAAGAUUUAGUAAAACUUUAUAGAGAAAAGGCAUUAGAAAAUAUUCAAAUUGAAUUGGAUGUACCAUCUUCAACUGAUACAAAGUUACAAUUGGAUGAUGAGAACUUAAUUCCAUUUGCAGUAUCAAAAUUAUUUAAUGUUCAAGUUGAUAAAUCAAAUCAAAUUAAAAAGAGAAUAGUAACUGUAUCAGAAGCAAGAACUAUUUUAGAAAAAAUACAAAAAGAAAAACUAAUUGUUCAACAAGAUGUUACAAAAUUGGCAAUUCAAUCAGCUGAACAAAAUGGAAUUGUUUUCCUUGAUGAAAUCGAUAAGAUUUGUACACCAAAGGAAAAUACGCAUAGAGGAGGUGAUGCCAGUACCGAUGGUGUCCAAAGAGAUCUUUUGCCAAUCAUUGAAGGUUGUAAUGUAAAUACAAAGUAUGGUAUGAUUGAUACCUCUAGAAUUCUUUUCAUUGCCUCUGGUGCUUUCCAUUCAAGCAAACCUUCAGAUUUAAUUAGUGAAUUACAAGGUCGUUUACCAAUUAGAGUAGAAUUAAAACCAUUGGAUCAAAAUGAUUUUUACCGUAUUUUGACUGAACCAAAGAAUAACCAAAUCGAACAACAAAAGGCAUUAUUACAAACAGAAGACAUUACUCUAGAGUUUACAAUCGAUUCACUCAGGGAGGUUUCAAGAAUAGCAUUUGAUGCAAAUGCACAAGUACAGAAUAUUGGUGCCAGAAGACUGCAUGGUAUCAUUGAAAAGAUUGUCGAAGAGUACAGUUUCAAUUGCGAUGAUCACAAGGGCAAGACUGUUACCAUCACUGAAGACAGUGUCAAGAAACAUCUCAGUCAAUUAUUAUUCAAGACUGAUUUUAGUAAUAUAGAGAAUCUCUCAAUGGAUAUCAGUAAUAUACAAAACCUUGUAGUAAAGAAUAAAGAGACAACAUUAGUGAUAACGAUUUCGUGUUUUAUGGCUGGUUAUACAAGCACUGUAAUCUAUUCGGUUUUAUUCCUUUUAUCGGUAGUUGCCUAUGUCUCUUUGACAAAUCGAGGUAACAGUAACGAUGUUGAUCAACAACAAGAAGGAGAACAAAAGAAAAAGAACCCAAUUGUAGUAAAAAAGUCAACAAGUGCAGUCACUGUUGAAAAGAAGAUUGCAUCACCAGUUAAAGUUCUUCCUCAAACUCCUCCACCAAAACAACAACAACAACAAGUCAACUCAGCACCUUCAACACCUACUCCACCACCACCUAUUCCACCAAGACCAAAGAAUGAAUCAUCAUCAUCAUCGACAUCAUCGACACCCAAUGGAACACCAACCAAACAAAAUGUAGUUGGUGGACAAUUAUCUAAUAGUUUUGGAUCGCCUGCCUCUUCACCAUCAGUCAAUCCAUCACCACUUGCUAGAAAGAAUACAACCCAAUCUGAUUUAUCUUACACUCCACCAUCAUCACCGUCGCCAUCAUCGUCUGUUGGUUAUGGUAGUAAAUCAGCUCCAUCAUCACCUGCAACUGGAACAACAGGAUAUGGAUCUCCAUCUGGAUCAUCAUCAUCAGCAUCAAACACUCCAACUUUAAAAAAGAUUUCUAUAAACAAGGAUAACAACAUUGACACUACUUCUAAUAAUAAGGAAAAUGAUAAAAAGGAUAAAAAGGUUGGAAUGUCAACAUUGAGAGGAUUGAUUGGAGGUGUAGUUGGAAAAAAGACAUCAUCAUCGACUCCAUCGAGUCCAUCACUUACACCAGAGGAAAAGGAAAAGAAUGAUACAAAACGUAAACAAAUUUCAGAGGAAAUUCUUUCAACCGAGAGAGCCUAUGUUGGGAAACUAAAGAUCAUCUCUGAAGUAUUCUACAUUCCAUUGAAAACUGCUGCCACUGCCAACCCUCAUCCACCACUCUCACUCGAUCAAGUUCAUACCGUUUUUUCUGAAAUCCUUACCAUUUACAAUUACAACUCCCAUUUCCUAACAGCUCUAGAAGAUAAAAUGAAAUCUUCUUCAAAUUUAUUAAUUGGUGAUACAUUUAUUGAAAUUACUGCAUACCUUAAAACUUAUACUGUAUAUAUUAAUAAUUAUUCAAAGGCUGUUGCAACUUUGGAAAAAGCAAGAAAGAAUCAAAACUUUGAUUUAUUAUUACAAAAGUUUACACAUGAAACACCUGCAUGUGAUGGAUUAGAUUUAACGUCGUUGUUGAUUAUGCCAGUACAAAGAAUUCCAAGAUAUAUUUUAUUGUUGCAAGAAUUGCUAAAAGUGACAGACAAGAAGGAAAAAGAAUACGCAUCUCUCAACACUGCAUUGACCAAGAUGAAAGAGUUGGCAAGUGAUAUGAACGAAAAUAGAAGACAAGCCGAAUUAUUAAACAGCAUGUACGAUUUACAAAAUAGACUCGAUGGUUUCAAGGGCGAUUUUAUCGUUCCAGCCAGAAAGUUGUUGAUGGAAGGAGAUUUUCAAGAAAAGGUAUUUAGUACCACCUCCAACUCUGCCGUUACCACCUCUUCUCGUCGUUAUAUUCUAUGCUCUGACAUUUUACUUAGAACCAAGGUAAAAGGAAAGAAACUCAUUGUCAAAGAGGUUGUCGAUGUGUCUGGUAUUCAAUUCAAGGAUCUUGCCGGAGAACCACUCGCCAUCCACCCUCAAGAUUCAAAUGAAAUAUAUGCCCUCAAAGCAAUCUCUCCCGAUGAAUCAUCAAACAACCUUGAAGAUAAAUGGAAAGAAGCAAUCAUUCAUCAACAAAAAGUACUAAAAGAUAAUGAACAUCAAAGAAGACAAUCAAUUGGUAAAACCAAUUAA